AUGCUCCUUAACUUAUUUGAAGGAGACGAGUUAAUACGAGAAUAUUUUUUCGCCGGGUACACUUACAGCGAGAUUAUAACAAUUUUGAAUCGACGUCAUGGCACUACGAUCAGCCUCAGACAGCUUAGCAGGCGCCUAAGGUUGCUUGGUCUUAGAAGAAACAAUAUGCCAGGAAAUGAAGGCACAGUUAUUGAAGCUAUCCGUCGUGAAAUUGAGGGAAGCGGCUCCUCACUCGGAUAUAGAGCUAUGACUCGACGUCUACUGUCUUCGCACGGCAUAGUUGCUUCAAGGAAACAGUGGCUGCGGUUUCAAAGAGAACUUGAUCCAGAAGGUGUCCGACUUCGCCAGUUCACACAUAGAAUCUACAUCAAUAAAGGACCCAAUUACUUGGUGCAUAUCGAUGGAUACGAUAAGCUGAAGCCGUACGGUUUUCUCAUCCAUGGGGCAAUAUGUGGAUUUUCUAGAAAAAUACUUUGGCUGAAAGUUGCCAGAUCUAACAACGAUCCAAAAGUAGUAGCGACCUUCUUUCUGGAGUAUUUAAAUGCUAUAAAUGUGAUUGGUCUUCCAAGGUGUAUUCGAACUGACGCAGGAACCGAAAAUGUAUUGGUCCAAGACAUGCAAAUGGCGUUUCGAUGGGAACAUUCGGAUGACAUGAGCGCAGCUAGGUUACCGUCUUUUAUGAUUGGCUUCUCCAGUUGUGGUCCGCCUCUAGAAAAGAACGAUAGUUAUCAGGCUUGA